AUGUCAGAUAGUGAGGACGACUAUUUCGAAUUACAAUCACCAAUCAUUUAUAAUCUGUCUGACGAGGAUAAUGAGGAUAGUAGCUACGAGAGUCAGGGUGAUAGCUACGACGAUAAUAAUAGCAACAGCAGUAGUGGAGUAGGUGAACAUCAUCAUUAUAAACAACAUCAUCAACAACAACAAUCACAAGGUCCAUCCUGGAACAACAACAACAACAACGAGGACGUGGACGAGGACGAAGAUAACAAGAUGGCCACAACAACAACGACAACAACUACAACAACUACUACUUGCUCUUCAAGGGCGAAUGGAAAUGGAUAUGGAAAUGGUCAUAGCAACGGCAACAGUCACAACAAUGGAAACAACAAGAAGAAGAGCAAUCUCGCCAAACUAUUGAAUGGUACCACUCCACGCAACUUUAAACAAGCCGCGACGACUCAUGCACAAUAUGUGGACGAUGAGGACACAGAGGAUGAGGAGGAAGUCAACAAAAGGAGAAACACCAUUGUCUUGGAUACCUCGAAUGAUAGUAUAGAGGAGGAUGACAAUAUCAACAACAGUAAUAAUAAUAAUAACCAUGUAAAUACGAAUGCAAAGAGGAAGAGAGGUACAUCAAACACAACAGUGAAUGACAAUGAAGAUGAUGAACCAGAGUAUGAGUUACCCAAGUACCUCAAUCUGUUAAAUGAAUACAAUGAGGAGAAGAAUAAGAAGAAGAAGGAGGAGGAGGAUAGUUUCAAGUCGCCACGGAGGAAGACAACAACAACAACAACAACAACGACAACAGCAGCAGGAAACAGAUCACCCAAUGAUGUCAUCAUCCUUGAGUCGAACAAUUCACCGACAACAUCGACCACCUCGACAACAUCAACAUCAACAAACAAACGGAGCAACAACAACAACAACACCAACAAUAACAAUCAUCUUCAUCUUACAUACCCGGGGAUGACAUCAACAGCAUCCACACGAAAGAAAGUGGCAGCUGCUGUCGAGCCACCACAGCGAAUCAGAGCCAAGACAUCAAAUGUUGUAAAGAAGAAAGCAGCAGAGUCACUCUUUCAACAUCCAAUGCCAAUAAUCAAUCAACAGGCGACCAACAGUGCAUCAAACAACAGCAACAACAAUGCAUUCUCUUUAUUUACGAAUCAGAGUCAGCAACAACGACAGCAGAGACAACUUCAACAACAAAUACAACCUCAACCUCAACGACACGACAUGGUCUCAGUGUCUGUGAAUCCUCGGACAACACAGAGUCGACAGAAUACGAGCAUUCCAACACGAAGCAAUACACGAAACGCGACCAAUCAGCGAACCAAUCAUCUCCAAUUCCAACCAGCAUCGUCAUUCACUCCUCCCCCUCCCACGCGUCGUGGCACCAUCAGUGCCACGGAGUUAUUCCGGUCUCUUCUCAAUCGUGACCCUCUGGCGGGAGUCGAGGCAGAGCCACAUAUGGACACUCGCACCCAAGAAGAGAUAGACUUUGAACUUGCCCUACAGUUGUCGUUGGAACAGAACACUCAAGGGCAGGGUCAUGUACUUGGUCAUGGACAAGGUCUUGGACCAAACCUUGCAGACUUUGGUAUUCAGGAAGCAGCAUCUACACGUCGUAACCAACACCAACAGAUGGUUCAUCAACGACAGAUGAAUCAUAGGAUAUACCAGCGAUACCAGGAACAAAUGAAUUACCAACAACAACAACCACAUCAACACCAUGGACAUCACCAUCAUCAUGGACAUGCAGGAGUCGAUCCCAACAUGCUGAACCUGGCAUAUUCGUCCAGGGACUUUAACGAGAAUGACUAUGAAAUGCUUCUGCGGCUGGACGACAAUGUCCACAACAACAAGGGUGCCACACAAUCCUCCAUCAACACCCUUCCCGAACACAACAUACAAGCUGGCAGCAAAGUGGAGAACUGCUGUAUAUGUCUGUCACCAAUGGAAGUUGACGAACGUGUCAAGAGAUUGCCCUGUUUGCAUAUCUUCCAUUCAGAUUGUAUAAGUCAAUGGCUCAAGGUCAACAAGAUAUGCCCAAUCGAUAAGCAUCCAAUCGAAUGA